GUCAAUCAGGUUAUGCUUAAUACUUCAUUUAGCUUUCAAAUUAAAUACACUAUAUUUUUAUCCCAGUGAAACUCAAUAGAAGAUCAAAAUCUGUUGAAAGUUGUACGCUAUUUUAUUCCUUUGCGGUUUAAUCAUUGAAAACAGGACUUUUUUAUGGCUGGGCAAGCUUAUUCUUGGCGCCAGCCACCAUAUCCGGGGGAUCAAAGCGACUCCCAAUGGGUAGAGCCAUGUAUGAUCGUCUUGUGUCAGGAUGGGAAUAUUGAUGAAGCAAUUGUUCCGCUUUUGCAAACGUUGUACGAGCCUAUUGGCAGGAAGCUUAUUGGGGCUGUAUUUGUGCACGAAACGAUGCGGGAAGAGCUGAUCGAGAAGGUGCGUAAUCGGAUGACUGUGAUGCAUCGUCAGGUGAAGGGCCAUGAUUUUUAUGCCAAGGCGCUGCUUCGUGCUGAGUGCCUUAGCGCCGAGCUGAUUGCCAUGAUGAAGCCUGAUGACAUUGGCUUCAAAUACAGUAUGGUGGAGGGUUCGCCGAUUGUCGUAUGCGACUUCAAUCAAAGCUACUUCAGCGUCAAUCAUCCCAGCACUGUGGUUACCCUGCAUACAUUCCGCCACACGCAAGAGCUGAGAGAGUUGGCUGCCAAGGAGAAGCUGCCAUUUGACAGCGCCUCCAUCUGGUGCCCGAAAACGGCAACUGCCUACGAGAUGGCCCUGAUUCUUUCCGUACCAGUUAUUUACAUCAACUGCGCAAGAGUUAGCUUGUUGCCCAUUGCCGAGAAGUACAAGGACCAGGAAGCUCAUUCACUACUCAUGGGCGGCUAUCACUAUGAGGUUUUAAUACAGAAGAACCGCGGCAAGGUCGUUGUCUUUCCGGCACCAGUUCGCUUGUUCACCAAGUCCCAGAAACUCGCAAAAGUUUAGCGAUCCAUUCAAUCAAUGAAUCUUGUCUGUGCCUUACGAAAUAUGUAUAUUUUGACCCUCUAAUUAUUUCUCUCGUGUGUCUUUUGAGUAACUUGAAUGGUCAUGAGUCGUGCAAAUGCUUUUCUACUUGAGUGUUCCGUCUUGUUGCUUGUAAACUUGAUAUGUCAUGCUGUGUUAAAACCAGCUAUAGCUAACUAUGCUAUAAUUAGAUAUGCUUGACAAACGGUGUCUACUGCAUUGCUCUAACCACCCACCUUCCCUCCAUACCAGCAUUAGUUGCGAUUGUGAACUGCUAGGCCGUCACUCAUGGCUGCGAUUUAGACAAUGAGCUCGACUGAACUAUUUACGAAAAAGUUGAAUAUAAUUUGCGAACCUUUCGGCGCAGCCUUUUUGCAA